AUGGUAUUCCUGUCCAAAUUCUUGGAUCUUGGCUGGUUGGGACGAAGUACGUUUGAGCUACGGUUCCCUACUGGAUCUGAAUCGUACUUGUACCUGGGAGUACUUACGAAGUACUUAGUAGAGAAUGGGAUGUGGCCUAAUCGUACCGCGCCAGCAGGACCAUGGACCACCAAUGUUUUUGUCCUCCGAAAUGCUAAUCGCUGUAACCCCGCGUUCUACAGGGAACAGGAUGAACAUAUGAACAAGUUGUAUGUUUGCGGGCCAUUCUCACUCCGCCCGUGGUGUUGGGCAUAUUGUGCAGCAGAUUCAUCGAAUGUUCGCAAAGGCCAUCGUUCUGGGACAUUAGCUCAAGUUUCUCCGCCGUCAGUCACUACGAAGUACAUGAAUGUUCUGGAUUCUCUUUCCAGCACACAGUCUAUGUUUCGUUUCUUGUUGAUUCUUUUCGGAAGCUCCAGCUACCCGGGACGCUGGUAUGUUUUCAGCAUGUUGGCCAGAUUCCUGCAGAAUUGUGGUUAUUGGAUCAAAAGAUCCGCGGCCGUCUGGUGCUGCUUAUGGACUUUUGUGUGCCAGGGUUUGUUGGUACCAUCUAUGAUCAGAUAUGCGUUUUAUUGUCCCAGUGGAAGUGCUAUGUAUUGUCCUAACGGAAGGUUUGGAAUCCUAGCCUUGAUUAUUCUUCCUUUUGGCUUCUGGACUUUACGCGGAUUUCUAAGCCCUGAUCUCCUUGAUCCUAGGAACCAGGCAUUUGGAACCGAGGCAUUUCCUUCACAGUAG